AUGACUGGGCAGAGCUACAGUAUCUAUAAUGCUGCCUAUGCUGUAGCUCAUGCAUUGUAUGGCAUUUCCUCAUCCAGAUCCCCGCACAGAGCAGUGACCGUUGGUGACAGUGUUGGAUCUCCAUCUCUGCAGCCUUGGCAGAUCAACUCAUUUCUUCAAGGUGUUUCAUUUAACAACUCAGCGGGAGAAACGGUUUCAUUUAAUGAUAACCGGGAAAUGAGAGGAGGAUUUGAUAUCAUGAAUCUGGUCACAUUCCCAAACACAUCAUUCCAGAGAGUGAAAGUUGGAUGGGUGCUUCCCUUUUCUCUGUGCAAUGAACCCUGCAACUCUGGUCAUCAGAAGAAAACAAAGGAAGGGGAAAAGUUUUGUUGCUAUGAUUGUGCUCCAUGCCCAGAGGGGAAGAUUUCAAACCAGAAUGAUAUGGAUGCUUGUUCCAAUUGCCCAGAAGAUCAGUAUCCAAACAAGAAGAGAAAUGGAUGCAUGCCCAAAGUAAUACAUUUUUUGUCCUAUGAAGAACCUUUAGGGAUCACUUUAACCUCACUUAGUGUCUUAUGUUCUCUGAUUACUGCUUUCGUGUUGGCUAUUUUUAUCCAGCACAAAGAUACCCCCAUAGUCAUAGCCAACAACCGAGAUCUCACCUACACUCUCCUGGUCUCCCUCCUGCUCUGCUUCCUCUCCUCUUUGCUUUUCCUUGGCAAACCUGGCAAAGUGACCUGCCUUCUCCAACAGACUGCUUUUGGCAUCAUCUUCUCUGUAGCUGUUUCUUGUGUGUUGGCAAAGACCAUCAUUGUUUCUCUAGCAUUCAUAGCCACAAAGCCAGGAUCCAAGAUGAAGAAGUGGGUGGGAAAGAGACUGGCUCAUUCCAUUGUCUUUUCAGCUUCCCUCAUUCAAGUUGGUAUCUGUACUCUGUGGCUGACAACGUCUUCCCCCUUCCCUGAUCUAGACAUGAAUUCAGUAGCUGAAGAAAUCAUUAUACAAUGUAACAUUGGGUCAGCCACCAUGUUCUAUUGUGUCUUGGGCUACAUGGGCUUCCUGGCCAUUGCUAGUUUCAUUGUGGCCUUCCUGGCCCGCAAGUUACCUGACAGUUUUAAUGAAGCCCAGUUCAUCACCUUCAGUAUGUUAGUAUUUUGCAGUGUCUGGAUCUCUUUUGUUCCAACCUACCUGAGCACAAGAGGGAAAGGCAUGGUGGCUGUGGAGAUCUUCUCCAUCUUGGCCUCCAGUGCUGGGUUACUGGGUUGUAUCUUUUCCCCAAAAUGCUACAUCAUUGUCCUGAGGCCUGAACUGAACAGCAGGGGUCAGUUAAUACGAAGAAAGGAUUAA